GGGAAUGGAGGUAUGAGUAUACCUGUAUAUAAGACGGCGGACGACCUACUCCGACAUCACACUCCACCAUGAACCUCCUGGUUUUGAUAUCAACACUUCUGGCUGCCACAGCCGCUGAUUUCCAAGGCUACAGCGUGCCCACUCCCCCGCCUGUAACAUACUCAAGCGGAGGCUGUAAAGAUAGGGAAAUCCUUCAUGUGGACGGCACCUGUGUUGUUCCCACAAUUAACCGCCGCCUGUUCCUCUACACCGUUCCUGAACUGCCCCCGUCUUAUGGCCCACCACCACAUAUCCCACCACCUAAGGUGGACCAAAACAUCUUGUUCAUCCGCACUCCUGAAGGAGGCCAGGGACCUGAGCCCAUCAUCGUGCCGCCGCCCAGGCAGCAACACGUAGUGUACGUCCUCAACAAACAGUCAGACCAGAGUCAGCGAGUCAUCGAGGUUCCUGCUCCACCGUCCGAGAACCCUGAGGUGUACUUCGUCAACUAUGGUGAAGGAGAUAACCCGACCCUGCCUGGUGGUAUAGACUUCCAGACCGCCCUCAACUCUGCAAUCCAAGGUGAUGGUCAGGUCAUCGCCGGCACUGGAGCAGGUGGUAGCCCUGGUAGUGGUCUAAAUAACGUUGGAGUGGGUACUGGAUUUGGUGGUACUGGAGCUUUUGGGAUUCAGUCAACCGUGCAAACCCCUGGUGCCAGCUACAACCCGCCAACAGACACCUACAAUCCUCCCACAGACACCUACAAUCCUCCCACAGACACCUACAAUCCUCCCAAGGACACCUACAAUCCU